AUGAUCUUCUUGGCUUUAAUUAUUAUUUUUUAUAUAAAUUUUUUUGAAGGGAAUGGUGUAAAAAUAUCUUCUUAUUUAAAAAAUGCCCCAAUCAUUUUAGCAAACCCAAUAAAAAAAAGAUAUAAAAGAACAACACUAUACAACAAUGACAAUGAAAAUGUUAAGAUUAAUGAUAAUUAUGAAUAUGAUAAAAAUGAUUUAUUUGAAUAUUUUGCAAAACGAACUUUCGAAGAAGACGAAAAACUUAAAGAAAUAAAAAAAAAAAAAAAAAAAAUUUCAGUUACAUAUAUUCAAAAAUUGCCUAAAAAAAAUAUAUUAUUAAAACGAUGGAAAUAUGACUUAUUUGAAAAGAUCAAAGAGAAAAUGAAAAAAGAUGAAGAAAUGGAAAGAAAAACAAAAUUAUCUAAACAUAAAUAUAAAUUACCAAUAGAUUUUUUUAAAUUAGGUGAUUCUAUAAAAGGAAAAAUUAUAAGUGUUCAAGAUAAUUUAAUUAAACUUGAUAUUAGUUGUAUAUAUCUUGCACAUUUAUAUAUAAAACGUUAUUUUAAUGAUAAAACAAUAAUUCGUAAAAAAUAUAAAAUAGGAGAAUAUAUGGAUGUUGUUAUUUCUUAUAUACAUAAAAAAAAUAAUAUCAUACAAGUUACUAAUGAUGAAGAAGAGAUUAAAACUUUACACACAAACUUGAAGCGGCUUAAAGAUGUCGGUUUUUUUGCAGAGGAAAAAAUCGAAAAAAAAAACGAAAAAAAAAACGAAAAAAAAAACGAUAAAAAAAUGGCCGAUGAAGAUGGCGAUGAAGAAAUAAAAGAAAUGCUUGGGGUGGAGUUUCAAAAAAAUGAUCAAGUAAACGAUUUAAUGUAUAUAAAAGAAGAAAAUGUAAAAAAAAAAAAAAAAAAUAUCACAAAAUUUAAAAUCGAAGAUAUAGUAGAUGGUGUUGUUAAAUUUAUAAAUGAAAAUGGAGCAUAUUUAGAUAUAGGAUGUAAAACAUUAGCAUUUCUAAAUCUAGGACAUUAUAAUAAAGAUCCUAAUUUUUUUUUAUCAAAUGGGGAUAAAAAAAAAAAUAAAAUAAAAGUUGGUGAUUAUUUUAAAAACUUAAAAAUAAGAAAAAUAGAUGUAUUAAAUAAUAGAAUAGAAGUCACACCAUAUACAAUGCAAGAAGAAGCAUGUCUAAGAAUUAUAAAUCAACAAGAAUCAAUAAAAGAACAAAAUAAAUAUAUCCCUUCUCUUGCUUAUAUGACAAAUAGUUAUCAUGUAAUAAAUUAUCUCAAACGGUAUAACCAAAUGAAAAGUGAAAAAAAAAAAAAUAAAAAUGUCGAAAAAUCAGAUGUAAAUGAUAAUAUUCAUAAUUUGUUUGACAAAAGAGAUCAAUUAAAUAAGUUAAAACAAGUUACUAAUUUGGAAAAAAAACACAUUUCUUCUUUUAUAUUUAAAUAUAAUGAAUUAUCAUCACCAAAUAACAAUUAUCAAGAUAUUUUAGAACAAAAUGCAGAUAACCCUGAUUUUAUAAAAGAAAUUAUUAUUAACCCCAAUAAUCAGAAUCACCAAAAUAAUAGCCAAAUUUUUGAUUUACAUUUUUUUAAAAAUCAAAAUAAAAAACUUAAAAAAGAAAUUGAAAACUAUAGACAAAAUGAAACCCAAAUAAAUGAUCCAAUAAAUGAUAAAAAUAAUAAUUUACAUGAUCCUAUGUUUUCAAAAUAUUCUCCAAAUUAUAACAAUACAAAAGAAAAGAAUAAUUACGAAAAUGAUCUAACUACUUUAUCAAAUAUUUCGAAGGAAGAUGAAUAUUAUGACAAUUCCAAUGAUAUAUUUUAUCUAAAAAAAAAUAAUAAUAAAAAUAAAAAUGAUAAAAAUAAUAAUGAUAAUGAUAAAAAUGGCGAUUAUGAAAGCCCUGAACAAGAUGGAAAUAAACCCGCACUUUUAUAUUUAAAAAAAAAUAUUGCAAAAAUUAAAAAAAAAAUAUUAGAAGAGGCAAAUCAAAAUCAACAAGAAACAACUCACACAUCUACCCCCCCUCAAAAUGAAUCCACUGACUUCGAUUCUGAAAAUCAAAUAGAGCAGUCAUAUCUCGAGCAGCACCAGACAUAUGAUGAUGAUAAUGAUGAUAAUGUUGAUAAUGUUGAUAAUGAUGAUAAUGGUGAUAAUAAGAAUGGUGUUGAUAAUGAUGAUAAGAAUGAUGAUGAUGAUGAUGAUGAUGGUGAACAAAAUGAAUCUAUUUUUGAUGUCAAAAAAAACUUGAACUACAUUUUAAGUCAAAAUAUAAAUAUGAAACUAAUUCAAAGAAAUAAUGAUGAAUAUUUAACAAGUCAUGGAUUGGGGAAUUAUGAUGAUAAUGAAAAAUUGAUAGAAGAGGCAUCUAAAUUAUUUGGAGAGGAUAUAAAAACAUGGGAUGAAAAAAUGUAUUAUUAUUUUGGUAGCAAAGAUAAUAUAUCUUUAGAUAAUUUAAAUAUUUAUGAUGACUAUGAGUUUAAAAAUAAUUUGAUAAAUAAAAAGGAAGAUCUAUUUGAUAAAUAUAAUGAAAUAUUAGAUUCAGAAAAUUGGAAAGUUUCAAACGAAAAAGAUUUUAUUAGUGCAGUAUAUGCAGAUACACAAAGUAAUGGCAUAGAUGUUGAUAAAGCAGAUGGUGGCGAGCAUUCGCAAGCUUCAUUGUAUGGAUCAACGAAUUGUAGUACCGAUUCGAAUGAUGAAAAUAUGGAGACAUCCCAAAUCGAAAACGAUGAGAAUAACAAGUAUGACCAUUUAGAACCGAUUCAAACUGAUGCAUCUACUUCUAACAUUUUGAAUACAGAAAAAAUAAACAAAUUUAAUAAUAUAGAAGAAUAUAUAAAUACAUUUAUAAAUGAUGAACAAACCCAAACAAAUACAAAAAACAAUACUUAUUCUGAAACUAAUAAUAAUUCUUUACAUGAAUUAUCAGAACAAGAGAACACAAAUGAAAAAAAACAUGAAAAAAAACAUGAAAAAAAACAUGAAAAAAUAAAUUUAAGAAACCAAAAUAAAUAUAGACAAGAUAUAGAUGUACCAGAACAAAAAAAUAUUCAUUAUCAUUCAGACAAACCAAAUAAAACUUUUGAUAAUAAUACAGAAAAUAAAAUCGAAUCAGAAAAACAAGAUAAAAUAAAUAUUGAUCAAAUUGUAAGUAAAGCCUUAUAUAUUGGAAAUAUGCUUAAAAAAGCUGAAAUAGAAAGAUUGAAAAAAAUAGAAAGAUUGAAAAAAAUAGAAAAGUUAAAAGAAGUAGAAAAGUUAAAGGAAGUAGAAAAGUUAAAAGAAGUAGACAAAUUAAAAAACGAGGAUUCUACUAUACACUUCGCCGAUGAUAAUAAGGAGAAUAAUUCCGAACUCAAUCAAAUAAAUAAUUUUCAAAAUAAAAAUAUCAUGGAACCUGAAAAUGAGCUAGCUACAGAACAAUCCAAUUCAAAACAAUUUAAAGAUAACUAUAAAAAAAAUAUAAAUAAGGAUAGUGAAGAACUAAAGGCAUACAAAAAUGCAUCCUAUGAGGUACAAGGAUAUUAUAAAAGAAAAAUAAAAAGUGCAAUGGACUUGGAUGAUAUAGAUAACGAAACUGAUGUAGAUGUAGAACCCAUUGUAGAAUCCGGUGCAGAACCAAAUGAAGAACCCAAUGUAGAACCCGGUGCAGAAAUAGACGUCUACAUUGAUGAUAUAAUAAAUGAACCCCGUGAAAAAACAAAGAAAGCAAAUUUAGAAAAUAAUUAUCGUGAAAUAAAUAUAAAUAACACCUUAAAUGUUGAUAGUAAAAAGGAUAUGCUUAAUUUAUAUGGAGAAUAUGAUCCUAUAACUCAUGAUAGUUAUUUAGAAAAAAUAUUGCAAAAAGAAAAAAAUACAAAUAAAAAUGCUAGUAAAGAUAUUGAGCUUAUUAUUCAGAGUUAUAGAUAUGCUAAUGAAUGCCCCGAUAAAUUCAUAGAAAAAAUGAACAAAGAAAUAGAAAUAGAAAAUGGUAAAAAACAAAAAAUGGCAAAAAUGGGCGAAAUGGGCGAAAUGGGCAGAAUGGGCGAAAUGACCCAAAUGAACGAAAUAAAACCAGAGUACAAUUAUAAUGAAGAAUUUCAAAUUGAAAAUAACCAAAAUGAGUUAUCCCCAAAUUUAAACAUUAAAUUAAAAAACAUAAAUUCAAUCGAUAAUAUAAAAAAUAGCAUGGAAAAUAAAUUUAGCUUUUUGACAGAUAAAAGUGAAUCUUUAAAAAUGUUAUCACUAAAACUGGGAAUAAUUAAAGAAACUGAUUUACAUUUGUCUGAUCAAGAUCUAAUUAAUUAUUUUAUCAAUAAUAAAAGAUUUCGAAGAGUUUUGAAAUUUUAUAAUAUUAAUAUAAAAAAUGUAACUAUACCUUUGAUUUAUAAAAUUACAAAAUUGUUAUAUUUUGAGAGACCCUUUCCCAAAAAGGAAAAAAACCACAAACUCAGCAUUGAUUAA